GGACUCGUGCGAUUAUACCCCAGCUCUGCCACUCACUUGGUGACAGCAGCAGACGCGGGAGACGUGGCGGCGACGAUCUCGAAUGUUCUCCCGCUGCUGCUGAGAUUGUUGUCAAGCCCCGAGUGCCGCCGCCCAACAUGGCCUUGGGAGUCUCUACGGAGCGAAUGGGGCAUAUUGUUGCCUUGGAGGGCCCUUCGGAGCUCGUAUCGACUCAGUUGCGCCUACUGCCAGCAUCUCGACAAAUCCGCAUCCUCCCAAGCCUUCAGCACUACCUCGAAGACACCUACCCGGAGGCGCCUUUUGAUGCUCGUCAACUCAUUCACCGGUAUCACACAGCUACUCUGGCACGGUACGCCGAGGCUCAGGAGUUCUUGCGACCUUCCACCGUACCAGAUGAAAAGCGGCUUGUAUUCCUGCACGGGGGGACAAUGUCGGCACACGCUGCCUGCUUAUCCACCAUCAUGGAGCGGGAGACGGACGGGAACAUUGAGGAAGCGCAUUCUGCCUUCAUUCAACUGGCAAGAAAUGGAGUUGCCGGUCUAGCAUCAGCGAGGCGCCCAUAUCUCGACGUUGGGUUAUCACCUUCGGAGAGCUUGGGAGAACAGGCCGAUUCAGAACCGGGGUUCCCAAAGGGGAGCCGGGAGAGUCACUGGAUGGGAAGGGGGUACAUGGACGCUGAGUACGGCCCCUUCGAGGACCCCAGCAUCCGGGCCAUGAGAGCAGCGGAUGCGCUCGACAAGGAGACCGAGUUUCUUGAAGAGGAGUUCACGCCAAACGUGGACCUCACCGUCAAGCUGGUCCAUAUCCCGUCACGUCGCUCUAAGAAGCGGCUGAGUUCGCCGGCAUCGGAGUCUGCCGAGGAUCAUCGGGUUUCCAACCCACCCUCUCUUCAGCCACGCAACUCGAACCCCCCGGCGGAACCCGUUUCUCCUGUUUCACCUCGCACAAGCCCAACGGAAGAACCCACUUCAGCCGCUCCUCGCAAGCCGCCAUUAAGGAUCCGCAUUCCGUCGCCACCGAUACCUUGGGCUGGAGAUGUGGCUGUCGGCGCAAACCGGGCCGCUUUGUCCAACGUCUACAUACCACAGCGUUCAGCAACCCAGAGGUCCUGUCGGGGUGAGACAAAGACGGCUGGCCCAAACCUGAUGCCGCCAUUGAAGCCGAGGGGCAAUGCCGGCCCCGAAGAUGACGGAUCCAAGAUCCGCGGCUUGGCAUUGCCGUACCAGCCUCUGCCUGCAGUGCCUGCCGAUCAAAGCGUGGAUGCGGAGUCAAGGGAGCGGAGACAGCCGCAAGCUAGUGAGACCGAGGUUCAGCCUUUCGACGCAAUUUUGCCGCUGCUCGAGGAUGUCGUAGUGGUUUUCGCUCCCGAAACCCGAAAUGAAUUGCACGACUUCAUCUUCAGUCGUCUCAGCGAAAGCUGCACGAAGGCGCGGCAUAACAUUCUCCAAGGUGCAGGGAUAGGCCAAGUACAGAUAAGGGACGGCCAAGGAGUAGGCGAGGUUCAGGCUGUCGACGGGAAUGUCGACGGCAGGGUAGCGGCGUGGAUGCGGAAAGGCUUGGUCCAUGGUUUGCCGACACCGAAUCACUCACCUACGCCACUCGACGAAUCGCGUCUGACCGUGCCUCUGCUGGGCACGAGGCUUUACAGCAUUAAUGUCGGCCAGGAGUGUGCAGUCUCCAUCCAAAACUCGUUGCGGUCGCUCCUCGCAGCUCGCUUACGUCUUCAAGACCGACGCUACUCGGACACCACAGACGAGCUCUCAGCAAGCGGUGAUAUGUGGAGGCGUCUUGAAUGUGACUGGCGGGUAGCAUCCCGUGACGGCGGAAGCAGAGUGGACUUGAUGCUAGCUGUUGGCGCCGAGAGCGGGGUGCGAAAGAGUCGCCUGUUAGAGGUUGUCGGCCAGCUCGAGCAGUUAGGUCGGAAGCUCAACGGCCUCUCGCGAAGCGGGCGGCUGGAUCUACGAUAUCUCAUUGCCAACGCUAUGCAGGCCUUCACGGCUCAACCGUUGACCAAGCAGACCCAUAGCAACCCCUUCGCUGAUCGCGCCCUGCUUGCGGCACUCAUCAUUCCGCAUCUCGAGACGUACUUAGCAACCCACCCGGACGUCCGUUUCCUGCUCGUCGAGUACCCAGCUGAGCACCUUCCAACCAUCCUCGCCCUGCAGGCUCUCAUCGGCACCGAUAUGAUGAAGGUGGUGGGCAUCAUUAACAGCGAUGCCUCAUCUUCUACGCAAACUGUAUCAGCACCGGACGGGACACGCCGCCCAAGCGAGGGCUUCCGUUCUCUCAACCGGUGGGGAUCGCGCCCGUCAGGAGCCUUCGUCGGCUCCUGCUCCUUCUCCAAAGCCAACUUCCUUCUGGCCUCAUCCGCCACCGGCUUCGAAACAGCCGCCUUCGUGGCCGCCAUCCGCGAGAGCCUGAUCUCCAUCUCCGACUUCUACAUUCCGGAGCGCCCGCUGUACAGGCACCUUGCUCCGCAAUCUUCUCCCAGUGACGCCUAUCCGAGUCUCAAUGUCAACACCAAGACAGCGAUCAUCAAACCCAAUGUAUCCGAGAAGGAACCCUCCCGCGUCUCCGUGUCCACCUUGAUUAUCACCCCGCCGUCGUCCCCGACUGAAACGACGCCCCCUGCCCAGGUACAACCACCUGCUCGCGAUCAUCACAUCCUAGCCCCCUCAUCCACGUCAGCAGGCCACAAACCGUUCCACGGGACGAAAGUGGACACAAUGACAACUACCAUUCGAUGGGGGGAGGUGAACUACACCUCUUCAGUCCAUUCAGUAUCUCCCAUAGCCAGUGGCCAGCACAGAAAGAAAGACUCUGAACUCCUUUCGCCGCGCCGUCGUCGCCCGCCGCCGAUGGUGAUGAUACACCCGUCUCCGCCUGAUAGGGAGGACGAUGAUGACGGAGAUGAUGAGGUGCAAGACGAGGAAGAGAGGCGGCUGAUGCCACUCUAUCUAAGGAGGCGGGAGGACGUUAGACGUGGCGGAGGGGCCAAGGCUUUGAAGUGGCUAGGCUUAGUCUGAGUCUGAUGCGUCGCGACUAAAGGGCUUCGUUUGUUUUUUUUUUUUUUUCUUUCUCUCUACGGGGUUUCUCCCGCCUGGUUUUCGGCCAGGAUAAGGGGCUUACGUUGUAGACUACUUGAUCGU